AACAAGUAAUGAUAACAAUUUUGUGAUGAUAAUAAUUCUGCGAAAACAUUGCGUACGCCCGUUUCGUGAUAAGGAUUCAAAUUACGAACGUUUAUUUUAUCUUUGUUGUUGUUAUUACUUAUUACUAAUGUCAGUUGUUUAUUGUUUAAUAUUCUUGUAUUUUAUACUUCUACUUACUAAGUUACGAGCACCGAGCUACGGCCAAAAAUAAAAAGUAAAAGUUACAACUGAUAAGUAACCGACGUUACGUCUGUUAUUCGAGUUCUGGUGACAGUAGUGACUCGUCGAACUAUUUAAAAUGGAUAAUAAAGCUGUACACCCAUCAAUGGUCACUGAUAAACCACAAAAUGAAGGGCUAGAUUCCAACUUUCAUCCAUUAUCUGAUCAUAUGAAUAUUAGUGUAGCGUUUAAGGAAAUAGUGUCCAAGGAUCCUCCCAGAUAUACAAAAUUUCUUGAAGCUAUAAACAAGACAUUUGAAGAAAUUAGUGAUUGUAUUGGUCCAGAAGAGUUCAAAAACAUAAUGGGUGAUAUAUCGUUUUUAAAAAGUAAAAGGAAUGUGACAAAUUUGUUGACUACAUUAAAAACUCAGAUCAAUAACCUGAUGAGCAAGCAUUUUGAACAAAUUAUCGAGGAAGAAAAUCUAUCUGAACUGUUUACUAAAAAAAAUUCAUUAAAUGAAGAAGAAGCAAAAAAAUAUUACAUAGAUAACGAUUCUAUGGAAAUAAUAGAAUUAGAAGAGUCUUUACAUCAACUUGAUGUACAAAUUAUGGGUUUAGAAGAAACUAAUGAAGUAUUGUUUAAUCAAGCAACGUUUAAUAAACAGCGGUUUGACCAACUAUCGGAGAGGAUAACAGCGUUAAUAGACGAAUGUCAGACUAAAUACACUGAAUGUGUACGACAAACGGAAUUAAUAAGAAAAGAUUUCCCCAACAUAUUGAAAGAUCUUUGAAUAAUGAAUUGUAUAUAUUUUAAAUUUAUGAUCUAACACCAAUAUUUAAGAAAUGUCAAGUUUUCAACUGAUAAUUUAUACU